CUGCUUUAUAACAUUUUAUGUGAUAAGACAUUAGACUACACAAUUAUCUGUGUUAUACACAGGACAGUAUGGCUAAAAUACAGACAGUGCUGGGGCUCAUAGAGCCCAAUGAGGCUGGGGUAACGCUGGCCCAUGAGCACCUCAAGAUGGAGUUUCACACGAUGUACACACCACAUCCUGACCCCAAAAUACAAGAACAGAAGAAUGAUGACAUCACGUUAGAAAAUCUCUGGUGGAUACGUCAGCACCCAUACAGCAGUGUUAAAAACCUGUAUCUGAAUGACGUACAGGAUGCUGUAGCAGCUGAAAUGGAGUAUUACAAGAGUAACGGAGGUGGCACCAUUGUUGAUGUGACAACUAUGGGUAUAGAAAGAGAUGUCAACUACCUUCAGAAAAUCUCCCAGGACACAGGAGUCAACGUAGUGUCCGGCAGUGGAUUUUAUGUAGAAUCAUCCCGACCUGAAACUGUUGCCAUGACAGUUGAGGAAAUGGCUGAAGUGAUGACAACUGACAUUGUGAGUGGUUGUGACGGGACAUCUAUUAAAUGUGGUUGUAUAGGAGAGAUUGGGUGUUCCUGGCCACUGGGGGCAUCAGAGAAGCGAGCAGUCCAAGCAUCCGGUGAGGUACAGCAGAGUCUCGGCUGUCCCGUUAUCUUUCAUCCGGGUCGCGAUCCUGAUGCACCAUUUGAAUUAGUUCGCAUUUAUCAAGAGGCAGGUGGGAGGGUGGACAAACUAAUUAUGUCCCAUCUAGACAGAACUAUCAGUGAUGUCGAUCGCCUCAUAGAUUUUGCCAGACUGGGCUGUUACUGCGAGUAUGACUUGUUUGGGGUAGAAAAUUCACAUUACCAAUUCUGUGAAAGUUGUGACAUGCCAAACGAUGCUGACAGAAUUCGAAGAAUCAAAUCUCUUCUGUAUGCAGGAUUUGAGGACCGGAUUACCAUUGCCCAUGAUAUACAUACUAAGAUACGACUGAUGAAGUAUGGAGGCCAUGGGUUCUCCCAUAUCCUGUUAAAUAUCCUACCGAAGAUGCAGCAGCGGGGAAUUUCUAAGAAAGUUGCAUAUAAAAUGGUUACAGAGAAUCCACAAAGAUGGCUGGAAUUUAACCCACCAAACUGAAAAUCUGUGGAGAUAAGCGAAUCAGUGAUCUGGAGCGAGGAUUGAUUAUGAUGUGAAUGUAUGACUAUGAAUUAAAUUUGAUUUUUAAAAAAUGGAAAAAAAACUUUCUCUCUUAUGAGUAAAUGUUUUGAA